AUGCUGCUCAUCACGCAAGGCCCCAAAAUGGAACCCGAGUGCAGCGUCCAGGCAGAAAAAACUCCUAUCCACCCCCAAUUCAACGAUUCAGAGGCGGACGUGACGUUCCAGUCUGUAGAUGGAAUCCUUUUCAAUCUUCGACGAAAAUAUUUGGAACUGAAUACUGGCGCUUUCCCUGGGGCCGAAUUCGACACGCGAGGGGAGGUUACGCACCUGACAGAAACGUCCAAAGUCCUCGAGGUUCUCUUCCGAUUUGUCUAUCCAAAAGAACAGCCGGAUGUGGAAGAGUUGAGCUUCAUAACACUGGCUGGUGUGGCGGAGGCGGCGGAGAAGUAUGAGGUGUACGCGGCUAUGAAUAUUUGCAAAUUGCAAAUGAAGCGCUUCUUACCGCAAGAUGCUCUCGGGAUCUUAGCGCACGCCAGUAAGCACGACUAUCCGAAGCUAAUACAAGAAGCAGUCCCACACCUGGGGCGUGUGUCAAUGGUAACAGUGCUGGAAGUCCUACCCCCUCGAUACGUUCUCCCUUUUGUCCGCUACCAUGAAUCAUGGAACAGUGUGUUCGAAGACGCUCUCAAAGCCAUCAUUGAAAUGAAAGUCGCAUCCCCCUCCAAUCCGCGGCAGCACUGGUACUUUGAGAGAUCGUUGAAGCCACAAGCCUGUCAUUCUUGCAUGAUGUUCCUCGUGGUACUGUUGCAAGAACUCAAAGCACUGGAAUCGGUGAAAGACCUCAAAGAAGCGCUCUCAAAAACCCGACCGGCACUGUCGUCCUGCAUUUCCCCAGCAUGUAGAUAUUCAUCUGUCUGUACGACAAUUUUCUCCGACAUGAAGACGAAAUUAGAAGGCAUACCGCCGUUCCUGGACUUUCUAUAG